ACACACCAGGCAAGUGCGUUGAGCCCUCCCACCAUUUCAAUUGGUUAUGGGUAAUGUCAUUCUAGCGAGUGCUCUUCUUACGGGAGAUGGAAUUGGACCAAACACCUUGCAGUAGCUUCUUGUCCAUUCAGAAAAGAGGCUGUCGGCGCAGACAUGGUGGAGUAGGCUGCAUCACUGAAGGACUAUGCCCGAAUAACAUCUGGUUUAAAAUAAGAUAGUGGAUACUGGAAUAUCGAAGGACGGAGUUUACUUCAUGGAGAGCUGAUACUAACAUGUGGUGGUUUCCCUUAAUUAUGUUUACAUCUCCGACGUUUCCAUUCAUCUUAUUUGUAUGUAUCGGGUUAUCUGAGGCGGCACCACGCAUAAUUUCCAACGAUGCGUUGUCUAUCACACGAAAUAAUCGUGAAGUCUCCGACACCGUUUUGGGGCGACUGAACCUUAGCAAUCGGACCUAUCUAUCUGAUGCGAAUUCAGGACGUUUUAGAUUUUCCGGGCUCACCCCAGCCCCUACCAUAUUAUCUACUGAUUCAUCGUCGUCACAUGUCGCCAGGACAACAGUUACUACCGUUGAGCCCCCAACCACAGACCCCACCACCCCAUCAGUCUCAGUUACCUCGACGGUAGCUGAUCUACCUGCCGUCUUUGACCGACAAAUAUCUGACCGGAGAUCAGCUGACUCUGUGCCCUCUCUUGCACCACAAUCAAAAACACUGCAGAAGUCGCAGGAAAACAGUGACAGGUCUCCACUUCUACCUGCAUCGGAAAAUUCUCAAGAGCUGGUGUGUAACUGCAGCGGUGAGGGCGUGCAUGACCCCGAGGACUGUGACCCCUCCACGGGCCAGUGCCUGUGCCUGCCGGGCUACGCCGGUCUGCAAUGCGAGGAGUGCGAGGAGGCCCACUUCACUAACGGCACCAGCGGCUGCCUGCCCUGCGGCUGUGACUCGUUCGGCGCCAUCAACGAGUUGUGUGACAGCUCUGGGACGUGCGUGUGUAAGACCGGCGUGUACGGGCCCAAGUGUGACGACUGCCACCCAGGCUUCUUCCACUUCAGCAGCUCGGGAUGCCAGCCGUGCGAGUGCAACAACCACACCGUGGACUGCCACCCCCAGUCAGGUGGCUGUCUGGACUGCCAGGGGAACACUCAGGGCCAAAACUGUGAGGAAUGUGUGCCUGGCUUCUACCGCCGACCCGGGGAGGGGGUGAGGCACGCCUGCAUUCCCUGCCCCUGCUCUAACCUCACCUCUUCUGGAAGCUGCCACCUCGACUUUGCCGGGCAGACAGUGUGUGACAAGUGUAAGGCUGGAUUCGGCGGCGGCACCUGUGAUAUCUGCCGCGAUGGCUACUACCGCUCGGGAGGGGUUUGUGUUCGCUGCGAGUGCAACGGGAACGCAGAUGCCCGCUCCGCGCCACGCCUGUGCCACCCUGACACUGGACACUGCCUGAGCUGUGCCAACAACACAGCUGGGCAGCACUGCGAGCUCUGCGCCCCCGGCUAUGUUGGCAAUGCCCGCACACACAACUGCACUCUCAGGGCUCGAGUUCUUCCUGGCCCAGAGUUGACAACCAAACCGAGCCCCCCACUUCCUGCUGCCACCUCCAGCCCCCCACAGCCCAGCUCCAGCAGCAGAGACCCAGCCCCCCCUCCUGCCUCCUCCACCACCACCAGAACCACCACCAUGGCCCAGGCCCUGCUCCCCAGCCUGGCGGCCCCGACCCGCAACUCCACGGCGGCCGCGCUCACCGUCGUCUCCUGGACGCAGUUCAACGUGGUGGUGCUGGCGGUUAUCAUCGCCGUGGUGGUGCUCCUCAUGGGCUUCGUGGCCGGUGUCUACACGUAUCGCGAGUACCGCAACCGCAAGCUCAACGCGCCCUUCUGGACCAUCGAGCUCAAGGAAGACAACAUCAGUUUCAGCAGCUACCACGACAGCAUCCCCAACGCUGACCCGGCGGGACUCCUGGAGGAGGACCCGUGUCCAGUCGCACCCAACGGCCAACUUGCGCUCACCACUACCACCACCGUGCCCAACAUGUACACCAAGGCAUGAGGCGGCAGCAAGCUGGAGAUGGGCUGUACAGAAACCACUACUCCAACCCCCUCCUCGUUGAGAGAGAGAGAGAAAAAAAAUGAGAAAUGAGAACCCGAAUGAAGAGACAAAAACUCAGCUGAUGGUCAAUCAGCCCUGACGUUGAGAAAGGCUUUUGCUCAAUGCUAACGCUAGUUCUUCACAAGUGCUUCCGUCUUCCGUGUGUACACGAGUGUGAGAACGAAAGACUUGGGAAGGGGCUUGCACCCGAUUGGUCAUUAUGUGUACAAGCACACACCCCGAGAUGUAAAGGGAAUGCUGGUGCUCAAGGGAGUUUGUCACUGUAAUCACGUGCAUAACACAUGUGCAGCUUUCAGUGACCUCUCAUGACCUGAAGGAAUUUUGACUCAGCCAGUUGUCCUUCCUAUGUCAUCAGAACAUCCAGGAAUAACGGAAAAAGCUUCAGCAAUGUUGGACACUCAAGCAGCUUGUCAGGGGUCAAACCUUUUGUCCUUCAUAUUUCUAAAUGUGUGUGUGUGUGUGUUUAGGGGUGGGGGGGUAGUCCUGCCUCUUUCAAAACACGAACCUAUUCUGCCUGAUAUCUCAUAUCUGCAAUACGGGACAGGACUGGGGUCAGGUUUGGGGUGGGAGAUACUCCCAAUGCAGACAUAGACACCAAACACCAAAGCAUGGCUUCUCCACCUCCUGCACAUACGCUAAUAACCGGCUCAGGAACUGUUCUGGCCAGGAUCUGGCCCAAGUCCGAUUUGCCAGGCCGGAUGGGAUCCCCCCCAGUACCUUGUAAAUGUAAAUGUAAAUCAGGUUUCUCGGCCAAGUAUACUUACGUAUACAAGGAAUUUGGUC